UAUAAUUAUAAAAAUGAUAUUUAAGUACACAAAUAAGCAACUAGAAGGCCAGUCAGCCUUGACAAAAAUUUUGGUUGUUCCUAGUAAGCCAGAGCCAAUCAGUCAGAGUCUCAACUCUUUGGUACAAACUCUUAGGGCUGAUAAACAAGGUUUCCAGCCUUGGGGAGCAAAGAGAGAGUUGCAACAGGAUAUCAAGACUGAGAAAUCAGGGGGAGAUGUUGGAAAGUACAAAGACACUAUGAUUUCUCUCCAUACACAAGACAAAUUCCUUCAGAGGAAGACAAAUGAGGCUAAAAUUGAUAGAAGCCAUUAUUUUCAUCUGAGAAAUCAGCAAUCUAAUCGCUUCCAGCCUAUAUCUCUUUGCGUUAAUAAUGCACACCCUACUUUUCCCUCUCCUAGUACCUCUCAGACUUCUGAAAUCUCAGAAAGAAGAAGUUUCGCAAGGUCUCACCCAGAAAAUUCUUGAGAUGUGAAAAAUGCCAAAAAGAAAACAUGAGUCUAUGAGUACUGAACCUGUGGUCUCUCGAAGGAUGAUGCCUACCUCGUGAACUAUUUACUCAAGAAGAACAACCUCCAACACAUGGCGGAGUUGAAGAAUUUCAAGUACGAACUCAUUCAGAAAGAAACUAAGGUCAAUAAGAAGAGGUACUUCGAGUUCAUCUGAAAGUUCAACGGAACUUGUAAUACCAAGUACAGAAGAAGCUGGAACUUCCUUGAUCACUGCAGAUCUCAUUAUGGGAUUAGGCCAUAUCAAUGAGAUGAAUGCGAUCGUAGCUUCACUCAGAAAGGCAACUUGAAGAAACAUAAGCUGACACAUAGGAGAUAACUAAUUUUCCUAAAAUAUUUUCUUGU